AAUAAUAAUUCAAGACUAAUCCAAAGAAAGUUCAAAGAAAUACAAAUGGUAGGUUAUUCCUGGAGAAAACUUAACCGCCUCCCCUGUGACGUCAUCGGUGUAUAACGCAUAUAUAUAUAACAGCAGUUACCGGAGGCUGACAAUCGAGAGUUUAUUGUAUUAGAUGAAAAGCUUAAGAUGAUAUUGGUUUUUGAGAACUGCCAAUUAGCGGACAGAAUCCUAUUUCUUUAACUGGUAAACAGAGAAGGAGUUAUCAGACAAAUUCAGGACCAUUUAAUUUCCGAACUAAUCCAAUAACAGCCUUAAAACUUUAUUCCUCUUAUUUUCUGGUCGCUGAUAUUCUUCAAAGGUUAUAAUGGAAUUCGAGAAUCUGUCGAUGACCACAACAGCGUUAGACAGUUUCGUCAAUGAUAGCGUAUACCCCCGCUUAAAUGGAACUAUUAUGCACUCUGGUUUUGACAAAGAUGGGUAUAUAAGGAUUUCGCUGUACAGUAUUAUUUUUAUACUAAGUGUACUUGGAAAUGGACUGGUGAUACUAACUCUGGUUCAAAACAGCAGGAUGAGAACUGUCACCAAUGUGUUUCUUUUGAACCUGAGCGUUAGUGACUUACUUCUAGCAGUCUUCUGUAUGCCCUUUACAAUCAUUCCACAGCUUAUGAGAAAAUUCAUUUUUGGCGAAAUCAUGUGCAUUACCAUUCGAUAUUUUCAAGCUGUCUCUGUGGGAGUGAGUUGUUUUACUAUCGUCACGAUUUCUCUCGAAAGAUACUUCGCCAUUGUUGAACCACUCAGAUCUCGUCGAUGGCAGACCCGAUCUCACUCCUAUAAGUGCAUCCUAGGAAUAUGGCUUCUAGCCUUGACCUUGAUGAUCCCAAUCGCCGCCUCACAGAAACUGAUACAAAUCGGAAACAAAGACCGCCAUGCUUGUCGCGAAAUUUGGCCAAAACACAUGAGGACUGUUGAAAUUGUAUACAGUGUUUCCUUAUGCGCGAUCUUGUUCAUUAUCCCCUUAUUUAUUAUGGCGCUGGUUUAUGGAAGAAUUGCAUUCAGGCUGUGGGCAGAUAUCACUCAACAGGUCAAUGACAAUACAGACGGAAUUGGAAGUAAACUGUCUGGUACGUCCAAGAACGACGUAGAUAAUGCAUCGCUAUCGACACCUCUUCGAGGAAAUCAACAGAAAAAUGGCGACCACGUUAGCUUACGUCAUUCUAAUCUACGUCACAGUAUAUCAAGCAGACGACGGGUAAUAAAAAUGUUGUUCGUGAUUGUGCUCGAGUAUUUCAUUUGUUGGACACCGCUGUACGUCUGCAGCACGUGGAAGAUCAUUCACUACGAAUCCAUUCACAAUCGCGUGUCGAAUCUUGCUUGGUCUCUGAUGCUUCUUCUGGCCUAUGUGUCCUCGUUUGUUCAUCCUGUAACCUACUGUUUUAUGAACAAGAACUUCAGGAAAGGAUUUGUAUCAGUUUUCAAGUGUUUUUUACAGAACCGUCUGACGACAAACACUGAGAUGAGUAACUUGACAGGAACUUCGUCCCCCACCGUUCGAUUCCACUCGACAGAGUACACAAAAGUUCAGUCUAUAGAUUAGUAUCAUUAUUUGAUAUCUGUACCUGUCUUGUAUUUGAUACAAGUACCUGUCUUUAAAGACUACAAGAGGGUCCAGUCUAUAGAUUACUAGACGCCAUCAUCGAAUUCAUUUCGAGUCAAGAUUAUAUGUGCUUGCAACAUAUUCAUCUAAUCUCAGAUAAAGACAUGAAAAACGGCAAACAUUGUCAAAAAAUAUUCGAAAUACGCACUUGAUACUGUAAUUUUAGUUUCGAAAGCAAAUCUUGCACGUCCAUCGGACCUAACAACGGAAAAAGAUAUUUUACCUAAUAAUAAUUGAUACAGAAAAUGAUAAAUGGUUUCAAUUUUUCUUAACUGUACUGAAGACCAGAAAAGAUUUUAAAUUGCAAAAGUAAACAUUUUUUCCCAAAAUGACACUCCAAAAAAGUUUUUGUUCGAUUUCAAUAACACAAAGGCUACACUAAUAGGUAUUUCUUUUUAUCAAUGUUUGAUUCGUCGAGCUGUAGUACAAAUCAGAAAUAAUAAAAUUCUGUGAAAUUCAGUCAAAACACUACCUCUAUAUAAUACAAUUCUUUAUAUUAGUUCUUGAUUUCGACAAAUGAUAUUGGUAAUGGUAAAUUAUUCAAACAGAAGUUUCUUUCAAAAUGCUAACCUUCCUAAUUUUUGUGUAAUUUUAAUAAAACCUGGUACACAAGAAGACUAAAUGAAGACACAGAAUUGGGCGUUGCCAUGGCUUUGUACAACAUGGGGAGUGUAUAAAAUCUUUCACAGUUGUAUUAUUUAGUUUUGAUUUUUUGGUUACAAAACGGUGCAAAGUUUAGAAACAUCAGGAUACAUACUAGUAUUUCUGUUAUUGUAAAGUUAAAAAAUGUUUUAAGUCCAAGUUCUUCGUUUUACUUUCUUUUAUAUUUGUUAAGUUUAAACCAGCAGAGCUACAGUCUCAUCAGAGAAGUCUGUAUUAUUUAGAAUGAUGAAAGGUAUUGAUUGACGUAGUCUGUGUAAAAAGUAUCUAAAUUCAGUAUUCCUUUUAUGUAACAUUACUCUAUGUUUUACUCUUUGUUACAAAAAUAUUUUAGUUUCAAAAAUAUUUUAGAGAGGAAGUCUAUGAUUAAUAUAACCUGACAAACUUGAAAUUAUACUAAUUUUACAGAAAGAAAGUUCAUGGUAUUAUGUUGCAUAUAUUUGUAAACGUAGUUUUAAUUGUUGUUAAAGAGA